CGGAACAUUAACAAACAGAGAGAGUGUGCAUAAAGAUGGUGGCUACCAAGUUGACCGUGGUCGUCCUGCUCUUCGGCAUGGCCCUCGCGGCCCCGGCUGAAGCCCCUGCAGGCGAUCUUCAAGCCGAUGCUCAGACCAACGUUCAGGCUGCUCAGGUUCCUCCAAGGCCGCAAAUCAACUGGGGAAAGUGCCCACAGCUUCAGCCAACUGAGAGCGAAAGGCAACAGAAGGCUCUAGUCAUUGAUCAGUGCUUGGAGAAGGUGCCACUCCCCAACAUUGAGAACGCCACGCAGGAGGACGUGCAGAAGCACCGCGAGGAUGUCACCACCUGUGCUCUUCACACCGAGGGAUGGUUCAACGAGAAGGGACGUUACCGUUUCGACCGCGCCCGCAGUGAGAUCCUUAACAAGCAGCUGGCCAAGGACGUCGAGUCCGUUGUCCUGUCCAAGCACGACGAGUGCAAGACCGAAUCCGAAGAGAAGUUCGCUCAGCAAUACGUCUCCCAGGUGCAACUGUACCAGGCCUGCAUGGACUACCACAUCAGCCAGAUUUGCGGUAUUCAAAUCGCCCAGCCAGCUCCACCCCAGGGAGCUCCACACCAGGGUUAGAUGCAAAGCCCCCUCGUUGGAUUGCCGCCACAGAGUAAAAUUGAUCAAAGCAACAUUGUGAUCCAAAAAUACAGGAAAACUUCACAGCCAGCGUCCUUCAGCGCCCAGUCAAACACACGCUCUCCGCCUUGAUCCUGCUGAACCGAUAUGCUGACUUUUCUCCUCUGAAAGAUAUUUUCCUGCUCUGCCACUCUUGGAACACCAUCUUUCGUCUUUAUGGGAAUGAAUGACAAGAGAAAAAGGAAUGUAAAAAAAAAGUAACGCAAGAGGCUUCUUUGUAAAAUAGGUCGUACUCUCUUGUCCAGUGUUUUUUUUUUUUUUUUUUUCACCUCCUGAAGCUUCCUUCGUUCAACAUCGCUACGAAUAAAUUGUUACAUUCCCGA